AUGGCUUCUUUUGGAAUGAAACUCUCAUUCUUUUUCUUCUUUGUUGUUGUUCUGUCCCCCCAAAUUCAUGCCAGAGUGGGCAAGCCCUUUAACUUCUUUACCCUUCCAAGAAACACCUAUGAUGUCAAAGGUUCUCAAGUUUUGCCCCAGAAACCAAAAUGUGAAUCUCCAGCACCAUCACUAGCACCAACCUCCGUACCUGCAGCCACACCAGCAAUUGAUCCAAUAAUAUCAUCUGGGUCAGCACCAUCACCAGCAUCAAUAACAACACCAACACCAGCACCAUCACUAGCACCUGUUGGGAUGACAGUAAGAAGCAGAGGUUAUAUUUAUCCAACAGCACCAUCACUAGCACCUCUUGGGAUGAGACCACACCAGCAAUUGAUCCAAUGCUGCCAUUUUGGUAGAACUUCUACACAAUAUUCUCCCAUCAAGGACACUCCUACCACCACAAACUUUGAAAAUGAGCUCCUAAAUGAAGACUUCAAUGAUGAGAGCUACAAAACUGUUUAUCCCAAGACCAACUUCAACAGCAACUACAACAAUGAAGUGGACAGAGACAACUUCAAUAAGGAAGAGUACAGGAGCAAUCACAACAAUGGCUAUAACAACAACUACAAUGACAAAGAAAACUACUACAACAACAAUUACAAUGGCAAUGGCUACGAGGGUAAGAGAGAAGAAAUGAGUGACACAAGGUUCGUUGAGGAUGGCAAGUACAAUUAUCAAGUGAAUAAUGAUGACGAGAAUUACAACCUCAAUGGGUUCGAAUCAGGGAGAGCAACCAGUAAAAAUGGUGGUUACUAUAAGAAGAAUCAGUACCAAAAUGUGUUUGACAACGUUGAAGAGUAUGAGAAGCCGGAGGCAAAUCAAGAGUUCACGCCUUGA